CGCGAGGAACCGGAAGUGCUGAAACCUCAGAGGCCGAGGCCGCCGCCGCUGCAGCUGCGGCCGUCUCUGAGUGCCGCGUUAGUCGCCUGGGUUUCCCCCGGCGGUGCCGCCGAGGAAGCCACUGCAGCCGGGACCGGAGUGGAAGCUGCGCAGCAUGAAGCGGCGCAGGCCCGCUCCGUAGCGCGCGUCAGGACGGUCCGGGCGGGGCCGGGGGGGAAGGAUUGGAUGGUGAGAAAAGGAAAGAUUCCUGUGAGAAGAGCAGGAUGAGCAGAGGGAUUCUAUGCUUGAAGUUGAGUCACUUGAAAAAGAUCUCUUUGAAUGUGGAAGAGAUCUGAGCAGAUGAAAAUAAAAUCAGGAAAAUGCAACAUGGCAGCAGCAAUGGAAACAGAACAGCUGGGUGUUGAGAUAUUUGAAACUGCAGACUGUGAGGAGAAUAUUGAAUCACAGGAUCGGCCUAAAUUGGAGCCGUUUUAUGUUGAGCGGUAUUCCUGGAGUCAGCUUAAAAAGCUGCUUGCUGAUACCAGAAAAUAUCAUGGCUACAUGAUGGCUAAGGCACCACAUGAUUUCAUGUUUGUGAAGAGGAAUGAUCCAGAUGGGCCUCAUUCAGACAGAAUCUAUUACCUUGCCAUGUCUGGUGAGAACAGAGAAAAUACACUGUUUUAUUCUGAAAUUCCCAAAACUAUCAAUAGAGCAGCAGUCUUAAUGCUCUCUUGGAAGCCUCUUUUGGAUCUUUUUCAGGCAACACUGGACUAUGGAAUGUAUUCUCGAGAAGAAGAACUAUUAAGAGAAAGAAAACGCAUUGGAACAGUUGGAAUUGCUUCUUAUGAUUAUCACCAAGGAAGUGGAACAUUUCUGUUUCAAGCUGGUAGUGGCAUUUAUCACGUAAAAGAUGGAGGGCCACAAGGAUUUACGCAACAACCUUUAAGGCCCAAUUUGGUAGAAACUAGUUGUCCUAACAUACGGAUGGAUCCAAAAUUAUGCCCUGCUGAUCCAGACUGGAUUGCUUUUAUACAUAGCAAUGAUAUUUGGAUAUCUAACAUCGUAACCAGAGAAGAAAGGAGACUCACUUACGUGCACAAUGAACUAGCCAACAUGGAAGAAGAUGCCAGAUCAGCUGGAGUUGCUACCUUUGUUCUCCAAGAAGAAUUUGAUAGAUAUUCUGGCUAUUGGUGGUGUCCAAAAACUGAGACAACUCCCAGUGGUGGUAAAAUUCUUAGAAUUCUAUAUGAAGAAAAUGAUGAAUCUGAGGUGGAAAUUAUUCAUGUUACAUCCCCUAUGUUGGAAACAAGGAGGGCAGAUUCAUUCCGUUAUCCUAAAACAGGUACAGCAAAUCCUAAGGUCACUUUUAAGAUGUCAGAAAUAAUGAUUGAUGCUGAAGGAAGGAUUAUAGAUGUCAUAGAUAAGGAACUAAUUCAACCUUUUGAGAUUCUGUUUGAAGGAGUUGAAUAUAUUGCCAGAGCUGGAUGGACUCCUGAGGGAAAAUAUGCUUGGUCCAUCCUACUAGAUCGCUCCCAAACUCGCCUACAGAUAGUGUUGAUCUCACCUGAAUUAUUUAUCCCAGUAGAAGAUGAUGUUAUGGAAAGGCAGAGACUCAUUGAGUCAGUGCCUGACUCUGUGACACCACUAAUUAUCUAUGAAGAAACAACAGACAUCUGGAUAAAUAUCCAUGACAUCUUUCAUGUUUUUCCCCAAAGUCAUGAAGAAGAAAUUGAGUUUAUUUUUGCCUCCGAAUGCAAAACAGGUUUCCGUCAUUUAUACAAAAUCACGUCUAUUUUAAAGGAAAGCAAAUAUAAACGAUCCAGUGGUGGGCUGCCUGCUCCAAGUGAUUUCAAGUGUCCUAUCAAAGAGGAGAUAGCAAUUACCAGUGGUGAAUGGGAAGUUCUUGGCCGGCAUGGAUCUAAUAUCCAAGUUGAUGAAGUCAGAAAGCUGGUAUAUUUUGAAGGCACCAAAGACUCCCCUUUAGAGCAUCACCUGUAUGUCGUCAGUUACGUAAAUCCUGGAGAGGUGACAAGGCUGACUGACCGUGGCUAUUCCCAUUCUUGCUGCAUCAGUCAGCAUUGUGACUUCUUUAUAAGUAAGUAUAGUAACCAGAAGAAUCCACACUGUGUGUCCCUUUACAAGCUAUCAAGUCCUGAAGAUGACCCAACUGGCAAAACAAAGGAAUUUUGGGCCACCAUUCUGGAUUCAGCAGGUCCUCUUCCUGACUAUACCCCUCCAGAAAUUUUCUCUUUUGAAAGUACUACUGGAUUUACAUUGUAUGGAAUGCUGUACAAGCCUCACGAUCUACAGCCUGGAAAGAAAUACCCAACUGUGUUGUUCAUAUAUGGUGGUCCUCAGGUGCAGUUGGUGAAUAAUCGGUUUAAAGGAGUCAAGUAUUUUCGCUUGAAUACCCUAGCCUCUCUAGGUUAUGUGGUUGUAGUGAUAGACAACAGGGGAUCCUGCCACCGAGGGCUUAAAUUUGAAGGCGCCUUUAAAUAUAAAAUGGGUCAAAUAGAAAUUGAUGAUCAGGUGGAAGGACUCCAAUAUCUAGCUUCUCGAUAUGAUUUCAUUGACUUAGAUCGUGUGGGCAUCCACGGCUGGUCCUAUGGAGGAUACCUCUCCCUGAUGGCAUUAAUGCAGAGGUCAGAUAUUUUCAGGGUUGCUAUUGCUGGGGCCCCAGUCACUCUGUGGAUCUUCUAUGAUACAGGAUACACGGAACGUUACAUGGGUCAUCCUGACCAGAAUGAACAGGGCUAUUACUUAGGAUCUGUGGCCAUGCAAGCAGAAAAGUUCCCCUCUGAACCAAACCGUUUACUGCUCUUACAUGGGUUCCUGGAUGAGAAUGUCCAUUUUGCACAUACCAGUAUAUUACUGAGUUUUUUAGUGAGGGCUGGAAAGCCAUAUGACUUACAGAUCUAUCCUCAGGAGAGACACAGCAUAAGAGUUCCUGAGUCUGGAGAACAUUAUGAACUGCAUCUUUUGCACUACCUUCAAGAAAACCUUGGAUCACGUAUUGCUGCUCUAAAAGUGAUAUAAUUUUGGCCUGUGUAGAAUUCUGGUAUACACUGGCUAUUUAACCAAAAGAGGAGGUUUAAUCAAUAGAAAACACAGAAUUGAUCAUCACAUUUUGGUACCUGCCACAUAACAUCUAUUCCUGACAAUAAAUGUGGUGCCAUGCAGGGGUCUAUGGCUUGUGGUAGUAAUCAUAUACCUUAACCCUAUGUGCUCAGAAUUGAAUGAUACAUAUUCCUGAGAGACCGAGCGACACCACAAGAAUUACUAGGAAAAAAAAAAAACAAAAACAUUAGCACCAUGUAUUCAUACUAACCUAUUUUUACUUUUAAUAGCAUUACAAACCUCAUGAACUUAAUUAGUGUAUUUUUACAGUAUACUUUUUGAGUUUGUUAAAAUAUGAUGAUAUUAGUGAUUGGUUUGGUUCAGUUUCAGAAUCUCUGACUAAUUACAGAUUUGAUAGCACUUAAAUGUAAUUGAAUAGUUUAUGCUUCAUUGCUUGGGCAUAUGCAGCAUGUUAUGAACUAAUAACUGUUAAACUUGACUUAACCAGUCAUUCAUUAAUGAUUUUUCAAAGAUAACUUAGUGGCCUCCUAAAGACACUUGUUUUGGCUCUGACCAGUUUUUAGCCAAUUUAAUCUGUAUCUAGUAUAAAUAAUUCUCAUUUUUCUUUAAUGAUAUUGACAGAGUGGGCUUUUCCUUUUGCAUAAAGGCUAGUAACUGUAUAUGUAGCAUGGAUUUAAUUAGUCAUUAUAUUGAUAAUUACAGGCAGAAAAAUUUUAAUCAAAUGAUUAGAGCUUAAAUAUUUGCAGGCAAGUUUUUUUUUUUUUCCUUUAAGAAAAGGAAAAAGUAUACAUUCUCUAGAAUUCUUCAGAAAAUUUAGUGGUGCCAGUUUCCAUUUGGUAUUUCCUUAUUAAAAUAUUCUUGAAUUUUAAGGAGAUUGAAAGGAAUCACAGUGGGGUGGGGAGAUGGGUUUGGGGAAUGACAGAGAGAAGAGGUGGUGAGGGCCUGAUUAAGAACUAAGCAGAAGUAGUUUUGACAGAAAUAGUCAUGAAGAUGUUUGGAAAGUGAAAUUUAAACAACUAGAAUAUUAAGGAAACCGAAAUCAAGAAAUCACUGUCUUGCCAACACAGCUACAGAGUAACAUGAUUCAGGGGAGGAAAAGUAGUUCCUUAGAGUUACUUUUGUAAUUCUAAUUUUUUUUUUUAUUCUUCCUCUUGAUUUUAGAAAUCUUACCAAUUUAAACUUUAUCUUAUUAAAAUUAUUUGAACAUAAUUUAGAUAUUGUAAGCUUAAAAUACAGAGGUUUACAGAUAACCUCUUUACCGUAAACUAAUCCCUGGCAAGCCAUGGCUCGCUCGCUCUCGCUCGCUCUCGCUCUCUCUCUCUCUCUCUCUCUCUCUCUCUCUCUCUCUCUUUUUUUCCCUUCGUUUUUAAAGGCUAUGAACAGUUUUCUUGAAUGGUCAUGAACUUUUCUUGGUUAGCCCUAGCAUUUAGCUAUGAAGAGAGCUCAUAGACUUUCAGGUGCUAAUUGAGAUAUGCCCUCGGGGUGCUAAGUUGGUCACAUUAGCACCAGUGACAGGGAAGGCAUCUAUGAGUUUGAUGCUUUUUAUCACACACUUGAGUGUUUAGAAAGUUAUUACCAAUACUUUUAAACAACACUCUAAGAAAAUUUGCUGUAUUUCUUUCCCAUCACUACAGAGAGAAUAGAUUUCCCUAUAGAGAGCAUUGCCUCCAUUAGUAAGGUGGUUGACUGUUGGUAAGAGGUGGACUUUAUAGGAGGUAGGGAAAGCCCAGAAAUGGCAGGAUGACCUGAUGGUUCUGUCAUUGGGAAGAAAUGGCAGGAUGACCUGAUGGUUCUGUCAUUGGGAACGGUAUUGGGUUUUGCUGUUUGUAUUUAUACUGUAUAAUAGAUAACCACGCUUUUUCUUACCGUCUUAUAUGUAUUGCUUUUCAUGUUUGAUAUUUUCCCAUGCCAAGAUAUGUUUAUAUAUUUUUUCAAUGUUAAAUUAAAUUGAUUUGGGUAA